AUGACUCUCAACUUUUUGCCAGGACAGCCGAACUCUACACAACAAACUGUUUGCCAGGAAGUUUGGCAAGAUCAUACGCUUUUAGCUUACUGUUCAGGGAACAAUCUUAUAAUCCUAUCGAACAACUUCAAUCGUUUGCAAACACUGCGUUUCGAUUAUGACUGUGUUGCUGUAGAUAUAAAUUCACACAAUGGCCAUAUUGCGGUGGCUGCAGGAUCCAAAGUACAUGUUUUCAAACCCUUGCAUCAAGUAAUGAAAGCCCCACGAUGGGUGGCAUGCAUCGAGGUUUUCCACGACGAUUCGCUGGUCAACACUGUAAGCUGGGGAAUCAAUGGAGAGCUGGCUGUCGGAUCUGACUACUUGUCGUUUUGGAGAAUCCAGGACGAAUUCGGCAUAUUCCAAUCUUCUCUGCUAUGGACCAAAAAACAGUUUCGGCCAGUCUACCUGUGUGCUGUCUCUGAGGACUCCCAAGUCAUCGCUACCGUUUACAAAUAUAGCCGCACAGUCAAAAUGUGGAAAAGAAUUUCAGUGGGCAAUGACCGGGUACUAUUUGAUCUGACGCUCAUUUCCCAUCCGAACUACGUCACACAUUUCCGAUGGAAACGUUCCAAUGAUUUAUGCGAACGGGAAAAGGAUUCGCAUGUGUUUUACACCUUGUGUGCUGACGGAAAAUUACGCAUCUGGACGUAUUACGAAAAUAAUAGUCAGAAAACAAUACAAAAAUGGGGUCAUUUGGACUUAGAUUCGUCCAAACAUCAAAAGUUUUGUGUUUUGCUGGAUAGCUGGCUCGUCCAAAGACUACUACAAAAUGGGCAUUUCGAAAAGUCAAAAUAUUACUCCGAAAUGCACCCGGAUAUCGCUAUGUUGAUAACCGCCUCUGGUGAAAUUGAAUUACAUGCUUUGGAAAACCUAUCUCAUGAUCCGCCCAAGUUAAUGAGCCAUCGACUCGUUGCUACUGCUUCAUUAUCACACGAAGCAUUUGUUUAUAAUCCGUCUAUUCUUUGUUUCGCAGAACCUCAAAUCUCGGAACAGGAUUCCAACCAAUUUUCCUUAGUUGUUCAUGACAUAAGGGGAGUACUGCGACAUUCGGUAUUCAACCUCGAGAACAUUCUGCGCGGCCAAAAGACUGAGGUUGGAAAGCUAUUGCACAAAUUUACCGGCCACAAAAAAUCGAUUCAAAAACUUGUUAGGAGCAGCGACGGCAUGGCAAUGAUAACGCUGUCUCGAUUUUCUGAAAAUUCUAUUUGGGUUCCGCAAGCUUUCUCGAGUGGCUUGUAUUUGCGCAAGAAGAACAUUAUCAUAUCCGAAAGUCCUUUAAUUGAUGCCGUGGUACUCGAAAGCGGAGCCCUCACUUUAACUCUUUCGAAAGACUUUAAGCUACAAGCCUGGAGCUGUGCGAGCGAUCGCGAUAGCAAGACCUCAGCUCUGAGAGCAGAGUUCACUUUGCAGUCUUCCAAAGGAGCACCUCUUCUUAUGAUAAACACACCAGAGAAAAAGCAUCACCAUGACCGACACUACGUUGCAUUGAUCUAUCGAUCAGGCGAAGUGCUAAGCUUUUGCAUUACCUUCCAAGAUGGGAUUAAGCCGUUCACGACAAAUAAUUUAAAUCUCGAUGGAUCAGACGCGAUAUAUCUAAUAUCCUCCAUCGACCCAGUCAAUUACGGAUUUUUCCCAAACAGAUCUCUAGUUGCCUUGAUCAGCAAAGAAGGUUCCAUUUUAACUUUCAAAUGUAUUGUCGAAGAUGACAAGAUGACAUGGAAGUUGAGCUACAAAAUGAGAACAAAUCUCACCAACAGUAAGCUUAUAAGUGGCUCUUCUAUUGACAAAAUAUGUGUUGUAGACAAAUCACAGAAAAAACUAACAAUCUGGGACUUGAGACGUGCAUUUUUAGAAUACGAAACAACAUUCGAUGUGCCUAUUCAUGACAUAGACUGGACAAGCACACGAUUUGGACAGAGCAUUUUCUCUGUUGGUUUUGGUGAUCAUGUUUUGCUUUUCACUCAGCAGAGAUAUGACUAUGCCACCAGGAUUCCUAGUUAUGCGCCUGUGGGAACCAUUGACAUCAAAGAACACACAACACAUGAGAUUGGUGAUUCAAUUUGGCUCACAGACGGAACUUUCGUGAUUGCUUCUGGAAAUCAGUUAUUUCUCAAAGAUAAGAGUCUCAACAUCAGUGACAAAUUCACUAACCAGUCGAUAGGCUCCCGGAAAAUACUUUCAAAGGAUAUCAUGCACCUGAGUAGUGUCCUCAAUGGUCCUUUACCCGUCUAUCAUCCGCAAUUUUUAAUCCAAGCCCUAUACUCGGACAAGCUUUCACUGGUCAAAGAAAUUUUACUGCGCUUAUUUUUGGCACUUCGAGAAUUAGAGUUCAGUUCCACCGAUGUCACGCAGCUCGGAGCCACAUUGGGCCUUGAAUAUGAGAAGUUCAUUUAUGCUUCGAACAGGAGCUAUAUUGCUGAUGAGUACCAUGAACCCUACAACGAGUUUAAUGGUUUGGUCUCCGGCGAACUGAAAAUAAAACUUGCAAAGCAUGCUCUUCCUUUUAUAACACGUCAUCAGCAAGUCACUCUCAUCACAGUGGUUGAAGCAAUCGAUGAGAUCGUUAAAAACAGUGCAGCAUUAGACUUGCCAGGGACUUUAUUCAUUUUGGGCGUGAAACUUUUCGAGCUUCACAGAAAGACACAAUCUUCGGUUCAUGUUCGUGAUAUUCAAUGGGCCCAGUUUUCGUCAAGUAAGAAGGUUCUGUUCUCAACAGUUCUUCCAAAUAUCGAUUCUUGGGAACGCGCCCGCCAAUACAAAAUAAGCUUGUGGGUUGGUCUAGAAGAUUUAAAGUCCACAUUUGAUCUUAUCGCAAAGCACCAGUUCUCUAAUGAAAGCGGGCGGGAUCCCGCCAACUCUGGCUUAUUCUACUUGUCCCUUAGGAAAAAACAAACUUUGAUUAGCCUUUGGAGAGUUAGUUCGGGGCAUACUGAGCAGCAAAAAAUGCUCAAAUUCUUAAACAACGACUUUAGAGAAGAAAGAUGGAGGAAAGCCGCGUUGAAAAAUGCGUUUGUUCUGUUGAGCAAACAUCGAUUCCUUGAUGCCGCUUGCUUCUUUUUGCUUUCUGACUCGCUCAAGGAUGCAUCCAAUGUUAUAUUGAAGCAGAUGGACGACAUAGCGCUCGCCGUAGCUGUUUGUCGAGUGUACGAAGGAGAUCACGGACCUGUAUUGAGCGAUUUGCUAAUAAAACAAGCUCUUCCACAAGCUAUAAUAUCGAGCGAUAGAUGGAUGACGAGCUACAUAUAUCGGGCUCUUGAGAAGCCUGCGUUCGCUUUGAAAGCGCUCGUUAUGUCACCUAUCGAUCUUGAAGACAACAAAAAGCGUGUCUGCCAGGAGGAUUUGAAUAGCAGGUCAUUCCUAGCUGAAGAUCCGGCGUUGCUCAUGCUUUUUGCUCAGAUACGGGGGAAAAACAAACUUUUUCUGGAGGCGUCCAUGGAAAUUAAAGAUAGUUUGGAGUAUGCGACAGUUCAAAGAGUUGCUGCCAUUUAUUCGCGCAUGGGAUGUGAUUAUUUAGCCUUGUCUUUGUUGCUCAACUGGCGUUUCCCCCAUCAGUUGAAGAAAGAUCAUAAAGACGGCGUCCAAAGAGACAAAAAGGACGAAACCCUCAUGGAUACGGGCACGCAAGGUCAAAAGCUCAGAAGCAUUUUUGACAAAUUUGAUGACAUGUCGCAAGGAAACAAGGAGUUAAAGUCAGCAGACACUGCAAAGAAUUCAUCUAUCUCACAACCCAGGAACUUACUUGACGACUUCAGCCCAAGUAGUCAUACAGCUCUAUCAAGCGGCUCGGCACAGGCCACAGAAAACAGUGCUGACUCGAGCGUCAAUUUAUCUGAUCCUUCUUGGCCUGGCAAUGAUAUGACGUCUGCAACUACCAACGGCACCGAUAGAAAGGACUCCACAAGCUCUGUUGGAAAAGCUAGAAACGCGCAAAUUAGCAAACCGCGCAACUUGUUGGAUGACUUCUUUUGA